CCCACUUUGGAAGUCGCUCCACUGCCUCUGUUUGCACUCAAUUAGUCUCAAUCAAUUAAAGAAAUCAUUAAAUAAAAAAUUCUAAACCAAAUUGUAACAAGUAAUGUAUAUCAGCAGAAAGUAGAUAACAAGGGCUGUUUGCUGCCACCUUGUGCCCAAGAUUUGAAUAACUCUUCUAGCCGUUGGUCUCCAAUUUCUACUCACUGAAAAUGCUUCGCAAAACUCCAAAAUAUGUGAGGAAGAGGAAGGUGUUCAAAGGAGAUCAAUACCAGAUAUUACAGAAGAGUAACAUGAAUGCUGGAGAGGUGCCAGAAGAACUAACAGCUAAUUCAGAGAUCAAGGAAGCUUUCCCUGAAUAAGUGUUUGGACAGCCCUAUUUUUGGCCCUGGUCCCACAUGUGAAGAUCCGCGUCAUUAGUGGCCCACAACUUGCAGCUGCUUUGCAAAAGGCUCACGUGUGUCUGGGAGGGCAUCUCAUUCACCUCUGGAGAAUUUGUCAAAGAGGAAUGGGUUGAACUGCGCCAUGGUCCUUGGUUGCUUCAUUUGCAAGAAGGAGAGGACAUUCUCUUCAUCAGAAAAUGAAUGCAAAGGACGUGGAAAGUCUGCAGAAAUAAACCGCAGAGCUACUCUGGCAGCAACGGAGGUUGGUUUGGCACGGGAUAGCUUGUGCGACUUGCUGACCAUCCUCGGAACAGCCCCACUAGUCGAAGCCCCUAGCUACAACAGGCACAUAGCCACUUUAUCUUCCUUAUCCCAAGAGACCAGUAAGGAUCAAAAGAAGAAGGUGGCAGCAUGCCUACGUCAAAGGGCCAUGGACAAGGAUCUGACCAUCAGGGAAAAUGAUCAUGUGGACGUGGCAGUGCCCUACGAUGGAACAUGGCAUAGACGAGGUUACACAUCGAAUCAUGGGGUGGGGGUAGUGAUACCGAUCGAUACAGGGGAGAUGGUUUGACACAGAGGGUCUAUCAAAAUCAUGUAAACAGUUUGAGUAUAGAAAGGGUUGGGUCUUUAGUGUUCUCAGCCAGAGGGACCUUGAUCGCCUUCAGAGACUCCAAAAAUGAGCAGCAAGGCUUGUCUUUUCUGCUCCUCUUCGAACUCACAUACAACCUCUUUGACUUGAACUUCAUUGUACAUGUUUAUACAAUGUUUUAGAACAUUUCUGUGCUGCAACUCAGUGCCUUAGUUUUUAUUGUACAUGUUUAUAUAUUUUUAACUUGCCUUUCAUUUUAGUCAUGUUUACAUAUACACUAUAUAUGACAUUUUAGUUAUUUAGAGGAACUAGGGUGAUAUAUAUGUGGGUAUUUAUUACAGCUUAGUAGAAUAAGUCCAAGUAAUAUGUGUUGCAAUUAUGAACUUGCCUUUCAUUUGAGUUUUUAUUGUAAAUGUUUAUACAAUGUUUUAGAACAAUCCUGUGCUGCAACUCAGUGCCUUAGUUUUUAUUGUACAUGUUUAUAUAUUUUUAACUUGCCUUUCAUUUUAGUCAUGUUUACGUACACACUGUAUAUGACAUUUUAGUUGUUUCUUUUUAACUUGCCGAUUAUUUAGAGGAACUAGGGUGAUAUAUAUGUGGGUAUUUAUUACAUCUUAGUAGAAUAAGUCCAAGUAAUAUGUGUUGCAAUUACGAACUUGCCUUUCAUUUUAGUUUGUAGUGUACAUGUUUAUGUGAUAUAUUUUUUUACUUGCCUUUUAUUUUAGUUUUUAGCAUAUGUACAUGCAUACAACUUUUGAUAUAAACCAAAUACAUCCUGCCACUUUCAUUCAA